AUGAAAUUAUCACGAAAAUGUUGGCAAAAAAUUGUGUUAGGAAUUGAGACGAGUUGUGAUGACACAGCGGUUGCGAUUCUGAAUUCUAAAAGAGAAAUUUUGGCAGCUGAAAGAUUUACGAAUCGAAAGAUUCAGCAGGAAAUUGGAGGAAUUAGUCCGAUUGUUUGUGCUGAACAACAUCGAAAACAUCUUCCAAUACUUAUUGAGAAAUGUAUUUUUGAUGCGGGGAUUUCGAAAAAUGAAUUGGAUGCGAUUGCGGUAACAUCUACGCCUGGAUUGGUUAUUGCGUUGAAAGAAGGCAUAGGAAAAGCUAUCCAGUUGGCAAGGUUCGAAAAUUAACUUAUAUUAAAUCGGGCUGUUUUUAUUCCCCGAAUUUCAGAGAUCUAAAUCGUCCUCUAAUUCCAGUCCAUCAUAUGCGAGCACAUGCAUUAUCAAUUUAUUUAUCAGAAUAUGCAAGUACUAUUAAAUUCCCAUUUUCAACAUUUCUAAUAUCCGGAGGACACGCUCUUAUAGCAAUCGCAAAAUCAGCCGAAGAAUUUGAAUUAUACGGUAAAAGUUUAUCAGGAAGUCCUGGAGAAUGUCUCGAUAAAGUUGCUCGAGAAAUCUCAAUUCCUUCCGAAUAUUCUGGAAUUCAUGCUGGUGCAGCAAUUGAGAAAUUGGCUGAAAAUGCAGAAACUGAUGGAUAUUUGAAAUAUGCUGCUGUUUUGCCAAGCACUUCUGGAGCUGAUAUGCAGUUUUCACAAUUGAAAUCAACAUAUUUGAAUUUGGCUCGGAAACGGAGGGAAGAUUCUGAUUUUUCGGUGGAGAAUUUUUGCGCAAGUUUGCAGCAUUCUGUGGCUGCUCAUAUUUCAUCAAAAUUACAUUCGUUUUUUGAACAAAAUUCAUCGAAUCAAUUAGUUGUUGGCGGCGGAGUUGCAGCAAAUCAAUAUAUUUUCAAUGGUGAGGAUUUUUCCAUGUUAUAGAGGAACUGUUUUGAAAUUUCAGCAAUUCAAAAAGUUGCCAAAUUUUACAAUUGUGAAACUUUUCAAGUUCCUUUACGGUUAUGCAGUGAUAAUGCGGAGAUGAUUACAUUGACCGGAUUAAUGAUGUUGGAAUUGGGAUCGAGUUCAAUAAUUCCUCCUGAUAAAAUUCCGGACACAAUAUAUGCGCAUGCUCGGACAGAAAUCGGUGAGAAAAAUAUGGGAAAUUUUUUGAAAAUUUGUGAUUUUUUUGUUGAAAAAUUGCCAGUUGGCCAUAAAGUAUAGAAUUCUUCAGCUAAAUACAGUACCUCUCCAGUUCUAGGUAGAGUAAUCCAUCCGAAUCAAAGUCACAAAAAUAUCAACUCCGCUUUUUUCAAAAAAGAACAUUUCAGGAAUCGACUGCCGCCAUAAAAUCACACCAAAACCUUCAAAACGUCUGAUAAUUUCUACGAUAAAUGGCCAUCAACCAAUUCGUUUUUCAUACAAUCGAAAAUAA